AUGACCGAGAAGCCAUCUGGUGUUCUGGACCCAGAACGCAGCACCUCACCUUCCCUCAUCGACCAAAAAGAACUCGAUCGUCUAGGUCGUCAACGCCCAUCAUGUUUCCCAUCCCUCUGGUCCGAACUGGGUUUCAUUUUCGCAGUCGUGGGCUCAAUGAUGGUUAGCGAAUAUUUCGUUUCAGGCUUCAACAUCAUCCUACCCUCGCUCGCCAACUCUCUCGAAAUACCGGAUUCUGUCAGAACGUGGCCUGCUGCUGUGAUUAAUCUCACUACGGCAGUGCUACUACUGCCGUUUGCGAGAUUAUCUGAGAUUCAUGGUGGAAGAUUCAUCUUCCUUGGUGGACAUGCUUGGUUGAUUGUUUGGGGUAUUGUCGGCGGAUUUAGUCAGAAUCCGACUAUGUUGAUUGCUGUGAGGGCUAUGCAAGGUCUGGGACCCUCUGCGUUUUUGCCGUCGAGUGUGGCUAUAAUGUCUCGAAUUUAUCGACCCGGUCCUCGAAAGAAUCUUGUCUUUAGCAUGUUUGGCGCCUUUUCUUGUAUUGGAUUCUACUCUGGAAUCUUCUUCGGUGCCCUUUCUGCUCAAGUUCUUGGAUGGAAGUGGUACUUUUUCAUCGGUGCCUUCUUCUGUGCCACUAUCUUCAUUACUGGUGUUUUGACCAUUCCGAAGAGUCAUGGAGAUCCUACGCCUGGGUUGAAGAUGGACUGGCUGGGCACUGCCACUGUUAUUCCCGGCCUGAGUCUUGUGGUGUUUGCGUUGACAGACGGUGGGAAUGCUCCUCAGGGUUGGAGAACGCCUUACGUUUACGUUACUCUGAUCAUCGGAAUUCUGUGUUUGGCUGCGUUUGUCUACAUUGAAGGAUGGGUAGCCAGCCAACCUCUUAUGCCAGCUGAGGUAUUCAAGACAAAGUACAUGGCUCGACUGGUUCUUGCACUAUUUAUGUGCUACGGCUGUUUCGGACUGUGGUUGUUCUACGCCUCCUUCUAUAUCGAAUCUGUCUUGCAUAUUGGACCGCUGCUUACUGCAGCUUGGUUCAUUCCGUUGGCAGCGGGUGGAUUCAUCCUGGCUGUCGUUGGCGGCUUUGUCCUUCACAUAUUGAGUGGACGACUGCUUUUGAUUAUCUCAGGACUCGGAUUCCUCGGCUCCUCUAUCCUCUUCGCACUUAUUCCCGACAGUGGAAAGCCCAACACCUUCCUAUACUGGGCCUUUGUCUUCCCAGCCAUGAUCCUCUCCACAAUCGGAGUCGAUAUUGCAUUCAACGUCACCAAUGUUUUCAUCACAACAUCUCUUCCUGGCCACCUUCAAGCAGUUGCAGGUGCACUUAUCACAAGUUUGUUGUAUCUUGGUAUGGCCUUUUGGCUAGGUGUUGGCGAGAUGGCGGUUUCUGUUAGGAAGGAUAUGAAAGGAGCUGAGAACGUUGAUCCACGAAGUCAGUAUCAGAUUGGAUUCUGGACAGGUGCUGGGCUGGCUGUUGCUUCACUUCUUAUCUUCUUGACAGUGAAGAUGGAUUCAGCCAAGGCUGAUCUUACAGCAGAUGAGAAGGCUAAGAGAGAGAAGGCUAAGAGAGAGAAGGAGAGAGCUGUUGACGAAGCGUCGAAUUGA